AUGCUCGGCGUUUGCAGCAUCUGUCACAAACAACGAAAACAAGCCGAUGGCCACACUGUCACUUUGCAUCCUCCACCGGUGCCAAAUUCAUCUUUAUCCAAGUCCGGUUCUCAAAUGUCAUAUAUUGACGACAGACGCCGGACCAUAUUCAAGCGACUCCUCAACACCCUUCCCAUAUUGAACAUUGUGGCGGCGUUGACGGCGGGCAGCUCUGUCGGUGCUCUGUCAUUUGACGAUUUCUAUCCUAGCUCCACUUUGCUCUGCCAUGCAUCCGAGGCCCUAUUCACCAGCUGCGCGAUUGCUGCAGUCAUAUCCAUAAUGCUGUCCACGAUGCUCAUCUUCUGGUUUGAAACGGUCGAUUCACUGUUGAUGAGGGAUUAUUGCCUCCUGUGGACGCCUGUUAUCCUCCUGGACUGGUCGAUCCUGGCGUUUCUGUUCGGCCUGACUUUUUGGUUCGCUGAUAGGAACAUCUACUGGAGAGCUAUUCUAAUCGGGCUUCAAACUGGAGUUCUCCUUCUGUUUUCAGUCUUUGUGGCCAUUAGGAUGACGAUUAGUUUAAGGCGCGUGGGAAACUUCGGGACUACAGAAGAAGCUGUUGGGUCGAGCCUUUCUGAUCUGGAGACACAAGGGCAGACUCGCGAUGUAGAUGCAAGUGUAACGGGUUACCAUGGGCAUCUCUAG